GGUGCGCGGGGUUCAGGUUGAAGUAGUUGGCAGAAGAGGAUGACGUCUAGAGCAAAACGCGCGCCAAGCAGGGAGCCUGUCAUGGCGGGAGGCGGGAAAAGGAAACCGCGAACCGGGCAGCAGACCGAAGACUCUGUGAAACAUGAAGUUAAGAAGCGACGCUCGGACCAAGCGGAUGUACCUGUUGCUGCACGGCAAGACGUAGAAAGUCUGUACCGACUCGCCAUGCCAGAAGACUUCUACCAUUUUUGGACAUUUUGUGCAGAGGUUAACCCCGAAGCUCCCUGUGAUGCACUGGUGUCUAGCCUUGGCCUGCAGCUGGUUGGUCCGUAUGACAUUCUUUCUGGUGAACAUAAGAAAAAGACAGACGUUAACUACAACCUGCACUGGAGGUUUUUCUAUGAUCCACCCGAGUUCCAGACUGUUCUGGUAGAGGAGGGGAGAACACAGUUUCACAUGGGCUAUUUUAGGGACUCUCCUGAAGAGCUCCCGGUGUUUGUUGGUGCUAAUGAAGCAAGUAAAGGGUGUCUCAUUACUCAACUCGGCGAUAACAUAUUUUCUGCUGUCAAACAGUUUGCAUCUAAGAAGCUGAAAGAAGUCACAGAUAAGAGAACGUCAUCCCCUGUAAAAGACUUGGUAGAGAAGUUGACGGCGGCAGCAGAAGCUCUCGGGUAUUCAUUAGAACAAAAAUCUGCUGCGAUGAAAAAGAGAGAUAAGAAAGUUGUAACAAAGUCAUUCCAUGGGGCAGGCCUCGUGGUCCCAGUGGACAAGAAUGAUGUUGGCUACCGAGAGCUUCCUGAAACGGAUAGUAACCUUAAGCGGAUUUGUAAAAAUAUUGUGGAAGCAGCAAAUGAUGAGAAGAGAAUGAAAGCCUUUGCACCCAUUCAAGAGAUGAUCACUUUUGUUCAGUUUGCGAAUGAUGAAUGCGAUUACGGCAUGGGAUAUGAGCUGGGAAUUGACCUCUUCUGUUAUGGAUCACACUACUUUCACAAAGUUGCUGGCCAGCUGCUGCCUCUUGCGUACAAACUCUUGAAAAGGAAUCUAUUUGCAGAAAUAAUUGAAUGUCAUCUAUUAAGCCGGAGCCGAGACAACGUGAACCAGCUCUCUACCUAAUCCAGCUGUGCCCUUGAGUGUUGUUCAGUUUGUUUUUCUCUUUAUUGUAUCCUGUGUUUCAUAAAAAUAGUUUUGUAAUAAAA